GGUUUAAGUGGAAGCGUAAUUAACUUCCUGUUGCAAGGAAAUCAAAGGUGUGCUAUGUCGACAGCGUAGUGGGAAUUUCUAACGGUUUAAUUGGUCUAUUGGCAUAAAAUAAAAAUAAUCGAUGGCUUCGGACGAUGGGGGGUACCGGGUCGCAGGCUGUAUUGGAAAGGGGGCCUUUGGAAAGGUCCUUCUGCUAGAAAACUCGGCUGGAGAUCAGGUGGCACUGAAGGUCGUAGAAUUGGCGGGAAAAGAUCUCAAAAUCAUCGAAUUGACUAUUCAGGAAGUGUGUCUGCUAGCUACGCUGGAUCACGCGCACAUCUUGAAGUUUCUAGGCAAUGAGCGAGAUGGAUUGACCUUGUUGAUUUAUACAGAGUAUUGUCCGAAUGGUGACCUCUCUGGUUACGUCAGCAAACAUCGAGGUGAGAAGAUGGACGAGAGACGCCUGGUGGAGUGGGUUCGCCAGAUUGCGUCUGCUUUAGAGUACCUACACAAUCUUCCUAAGCCGGUGAUACACCGCGAUCUGAAGAGCCUCAAUGUUUUCCUGGACGCGAACUGGGACACGCGGCUUGGUGAUUUCGGAGUUUCCAGGGUGAUUGAGUCCUCGACAGACAUGGCGACUACUCAAGUGGGGACCAUGAUGUACAUGGCUCCAGAGAUGUUUAGUGGAUUGCCGUAUACUGAGAAGACUGACAUCUUUUCCCUGAGCAUCCUGAUGUAUGAGAUGGCUACAAUGGACAACGACUCCUUUGAGAACAUGAUGGAACAGAAGCAGUUCAUUAUGAUGAUCUUCAGGAUCGUACACUAUGAGGUCCCGACGAUGCCGACCGGCUACAGUGCUGGAGUUACGGAUCUUAUGAAAAUGAUGAUGCAGGCGGAUCCAAGUAAACGACCGUCGGCUGACGAAAUACUCCGACAAAAAAUCUUUAAAACCACCGGCAAGCCACCGCCCAUUACUGAUCCGCCCAAAGUGUUUGACAUUGAAGACGACCAUGACGAGGAUACAUACCUUUCAUCGGACACCCUCACAUUGAUAAACCUCAGUAUCGAUGGCGGAACGUCGAUGGGAGGGAAAGCAAAACCAGUCGACGAAAAAAAAGAUGCCGGGGCUGUUGGUGGAAAUAUGAUUGUCGAUUUGCUGUCUGCAAACCCCAUUAUGGGCUUGGUGACAAGGGUUCUUGAUGACAUGGGCAAAACACAUCUUGUUAAAGGUCGCUCGAAGCAAGAGAAAAAUGCUGAAUUGCUGAAAAUGUACUGCCUCCAUUGCAUGGACAACAACGAGGAGUUGUUUAAAAAGGCAAGUGCGGCACUGACGGCCAGCUAUGACGAAGAUCAGAUCGAGGUUAGUGAGACGUUGAUUCGAAUCCUGGGCCAUGAGCGAUACGGUCUUUGCGGCAUGCAGUUGCUGCAUUACAAAAAUUACACGUUUGCGAUGAAAAAUAUGUAGACUUUUUAGUAGGGUUUCACAGGCCUCGUUCGAACCAUUUCUUAGUUUACAUAAUUGUUGAAAUAUAUUGUGCAAAAAUGUAUGCGUGUUCACAGAAAGGUUUUUAGGUUUAGACGGGCAUUUUUUAAUGCUUUUCUUCACAAGCGUUUCAACUAUUUACCUAAAACUUCAUGGGUUGAUUGAACUUAUUGAGGGUAAAGAACAAAAACUUUUACUACAUAAAAUGAAACAACCUAUCAUAAUUCCGCUUUAUACAUAGAUAUUUUAUAUCAAGACCUCGCUUGGUAUUUGCACAUGGGCAGUGUAUCGCAAUUCGGUUUCGUUUUAGAUGGCAGCAACAACACGUUUCAUCCAUGCGUGCCCAGGGAACGACAUAGCCCAAUAUAAUGAGAUAAAUGUUUCAAUCACUCCUCCUUCAAACAAGCUUUUAUUCAGGAAGUCGUAUACAUUGCUUGCUGCCAUAUUUAAUUGUUUACAAAAAGUGCAAUUUUAUUGUUAUUAUUAGCAUAUUAAUCCAAAUGGUAUGCAUGUGAUAAUUUACUCUCCAUUUUUGUUUAUUUUCCACAAAUAUAAAUAGCAUAAUGACCGAUUACCAAUAUGUCACAAUACUCUUUUGCAAUAAUGCGGUUAUUUCCAACCAGUGACCUGUAUUACGUUAGAUAUUAUGUACACUAGUUAUUACUGUAUGAUCACUUCCUUUUCACAUGACCGUUUUCUAUGCAUAAUAUAACAUUGUUCAGACUGACGAUGAACUUGUACAAGUCGUAAUAAAUUUCUUUUUUUUUCUGUCUUAAUCUUUUGACAAAGCUCCGGUAAAGUUUACUAUAUAAUAUAUAAUUAUAGUCAGGAAAUUAUAUGUGAUACUAAUUAAAUUAGUAUAUUAUUUAUCAAAAUAAAUAUCAGAUAAAUGCCUUAA